AUGUCGGACGUCGAAGACCACGACCUGGACGCCGAGCUCCUCGCUCUAGCCGAGUCCGACGCCGAAGAAGUGAAUGAUGGCAAAGUGAGCAGGUCUCCUUCGCCUCCUUCACCCGCGGACCUCCCACCCACCGACAACCCACCACAAUCUCCCGUUCGACGCGGCGUCGCUCAACGCAAGAUGACCAAGGCACGCAAAGGCGGCGCGAAGAAGCGCAAGAGUGAGGAGUCUGAAGAAGAGGGCGAGGCGUAA